AUGUACGCAGUAUGGGAUGUAACAGCUAACAAGAUCGUAGACAGAGUUAAGUGGCAUGAACAUCGCUACGACGUAACUGUGUUUACUGGGGUGUGGUACUUCACUUGGGAUCAAACAAUCCAAUGUGUGCAUACCAUCUUGAGGGAAUUGUCCUCAAACCAGUCUCUUCCUACAUUCGAGCAGGCUCAUUUAGUAAUCCGCGCGUCAACGAAGAGGAAAGUCUUCUUAAAAAUGGGAUCUACCCGCGUGCUAGAGGUAGAUUACGACGUUUUAAGUCUCGUUGUGAAAUUGUUGAAUUAUUCCUCGAUAGUAUCGUUUAAUGAAGAUGUUGGAAAAAUUAAAGAAUGGAUAAAAAAGCAACCGCAUUUUCCAGAAGUGAUGGCCGACAAAAAAAUUAAAAAUUUUCUCAUAUUAAACAAAGGAAGUGUGGAAAAAAGCAAAGAAAAAAUUGAAAAUUAUUACACCAUAAGGUCUCAGUUGCCAGAAAUAUUCGAUAAUAUUCAUCCGAAACUCUCGUACAUGGAAACUCUAAAAGCGUCCAUCUAUUUGGUUCCUCUCCCAAAGCUGACGGAAGAACUAUACAGAGUCUUUUUCUAUAAAGUGCGUGCUACACAUUUAACAGAAAAUUUUGAGCCUGUCCAUGUUAUUCGUCUGUUGUUGAACAUACAAGAAAUUCGUAUGAAUGAAGAUGUUACCUAUGGGGAUGUGUUUAUAUUGGAUGGUAUAAAUACACCUUUUCGGUGCAUUCGAAAGGUCACGCCCAUGUUGGUUUAUAAAACACUGAUUGUUAUAUACAAGCAAGUGUUUUCAAACCGACUGAAAGCUGUUUACAUCAUCAAUGCUCCUCCUUACGCCGAAAAGAUUUUUAGCCUUCUUAAGGGCGUUCUUAAACCUAAACUAAUAGAACGGAUACAUUUUUGCGAAAAUCCAUAUAUUUUAACUGAAAAGUUUGGUAAAGAAACUCUUCCAGCAGAUUAUGGAGGCAGAGAAAAAUCUCUGGGAGAGUUGCAAGAAAUGCUUUAUCAAAAAUUUAAAGAACGUGAAGAUUAUUUUACCCAACUAGAUAAACUUCGUAUAAAUGACGAUUUGAUACCUCAGAGACUUACAAAUGAUGAAAUUUUUGGAGUUUCUGGUAAUUUUAAGAAAUUAGAUAUCGACUGA